UCUUGCGAGACCAACCUUCCUUCCUUGCUUUUCUCCACAACAAAGUCUGGCCGUUCCCUUUAAACAUUCGCAAAAGCGAAACAGAAUUCACAAACCCAAACAGAAGUAAGAGAGAAGAAAAGGGUCUCUCACUCAUAGGGUUUUGGGGUCAUUAAGAUUUUCUUCCAUGGCGAAGAAGAGAAAAUCCGAUGCCACGCGCAUGGACGAGGUGGAUCGGAGCAUGUACACGACCUUCUGUAGCGCCGCCAACUCCCUCUCUCAGCUCUACACGCAGGCCAUGAAUCAGCAGCGUCUCUCAUUCCAGGCGGGGGAACGACACUCACUGGAUAAACUUUACCAAUGGAUAUUGAGACAGCAGGAAGAAGGAUUGAGAGUAUCAACAGCUGAUAUAGUUGCUUAUUUGCAGAAUGAGCUGGAAUAUGCUGCAGAGGAAUCCCCAAUGUCCCCCCAGUUACCAUUUCAGCAUCAACCGUCCCAGGCUUCGAUGCAUUUUGCAAAUGCAGGUGGUCCUGUUUCUUCCAACGGGUUUGUGCCACAAAUUGCUGGGCAGGGGCUUCGUUCUGGCUCUGGGCAACCUGAUCAUCAAGCGAAGAACUCUGUUUUCUCAAACGCUUUAUCCAGCCCCAUUCAUCGAAGCCUUCAGCAUUAUCACCUGGCACAGGGUAGCUACCAUUCAAAUAAUCCCAUGCCAUCUGGAAACGAAACUCGAGGUAAUGAAAACAACUAUGCCAUUAACCAAACCAGAGAUGUUGUUUCGCCCAGCUCCAACAAUUGCAUGGACAUGCAUUCGGAGAGUCCAAGUCAUGAUUUUCCUUACUGAAAUUUCUGUAUGUUCCCUACUAUGUCUUUCACUGUUUGUGGUGGUUAAAUUUUGUGCAGAUACAACCCUUGAAAUUUCAUUCCUAGUGUAGUGUACUUAUUUCCAGCCACAUAGUUCCUUGAUAACUGGCCUCUAGCUUGGGUGCAGACUGCAAAAAGAAUGUUUAGAAAAAAAAUUAUACUGUCCAUUAAUCCAUGAUUGAUAACCAUAAAUCUAAGAACUCUUGCAUGUCCCCAGUUGAUAA